UUUUUUUUUGUUUGUUUUUUUUUUUUUUGGAUACAUCAGACAGAACCGGACUUUGGAGAGGGGACAUAUUUUCUGGUCCGCAGAAUAAAACAGGAAGCAGGGAAAAAAGAGAAAACCUUGAAACGGAUAUAACAAUCUUGACCAGAUUUGGGAGCAGUACUCUUCGCGCGCGCGCGCACACACACACACGCACGCACGCACGCAUGUACACGCGCGCGCACUCAGACACACACUCGCACGCGCACACGCACGGUUGAGUGUGUUAAGGAGACACACCACCGCUUUUCUUCUCAAGUGACUCCAAAAAACUUUGGCGGCUUGUGUUUGAGAGAUUGAGAUUUUCUCAGUUUCCCAGGAGGACGGCCUUGGAGAAGAUGGGCACGCGCACAGGAGUGCGAAAGUUUUCCGUUCUGCUCAUCUUGUUGCUCGGGUCUCAUCUCAUCGAGGGGGCCAAGAGCUCAAAGGUGUGGGAUGAGGUGCCAUUUCCAGAGGAUCUCGAGGUGGCCAGUGUGCCGAGGCCUCAGCGCUACCUCGAAGACGAUGAAGACUUUGCCGCCGAUGAAUCAUCAGGAGAUUUUAUCAGUGGAGAAGAGGAUGGAAGCACCCCAGAGCCACCAGUAGUCGACCUCUCUUCUACAAUAUACUAUCGUGCCCUGGUGAACUUCACAGACUCCUUCAUCUAUGGGCCUGAGCUUGACGACUUCGAUUCUGUUGCCUUUCAAGAAAUCUCCGCCGCCAUUGUCGACACGCUUGAGUCUGACUACUUCAGGAUACCCGGAACCCAAACUGUCAAUGUGGUCCUCAUCAAGCAAAUCGGCAAUGAUGUGUUUGUGGAACUGGACGUGGGCUCGGACGAAAACGAUAACGAAGCUCAAAUUCGAGAUGUGCUGUACUCCGUGGUCAGCGAAGGCUCCAUUGCGUCUUACGUGACCUCUGUCAGGGGCUUUGAUUUUAGACGUCUGGGAAUAGCUGAUACCACCCUCCACGUGGAGCCUCUAGCUUCUCCAGCGGAGCCCAUCUUACCCAGGCCCUGUACCACCAGCGAGUUCAGCUGUCAAAUCGGUGCGUGCAUACCUCUGGAUUUUGUCUGCGACAAUCGACCGGACUGUCCAGACAUGAGCGAUGAGAUCAAUUGUGCUCCCGAAGAACCCGUUACUCUUCUACCCAUUCCAAUACCAAGUCCUACGUCAGAGGUUAAAAUCCCUCCACGUCCCGGGCCGUGCCGCGCCGACCAGGCCACGUGUCAGAACGGACAGUGUAUCUCCCGAGACUACCUGUGCGACGGAGAUCGCGAUUGCAGCGACGGAAGCGACGAGCUCAAGUGUGGAACUCCUUCACCCUGCGAGCCCAACGAGUUCAAGUGCCAGAACGGUCGCUGUGCACUCAAACUGUGGCGCUGCGACGGAGACAACGACUGCCACGACAACUCUGACGAGAUCAACUGUCCCGCUAAAAAACCCGGGGACGUGUGCGCUCCCGAGCAGUUCCAGUGUCUGAGUGACCAGACCUGCAUUCCCGCUAGCUAUCAGUGUGACGAGGAGCCUGACUGUCGUGACCGCUCUGACGAGUACGCCUGCGCCCCUCCUACAGUGACCAGCCCUCCGGAAGAGUCCAUUACAGCAGCACGGGGGCAGACGGUGACCUUCACCUGCACGGCAGUUGGCGUGCCCAUCCCCAUCAUUACGUGGAGGCUAAAUUGGGGCCACAUUCCGACCAGUAACAGGAUUACGAUGACCAGCGAGAAUGGCCGCGGGACUCUGACCAUCCGUGAUGUGAAGGAAGCAGACCAGGGCGCGUACACGUGCGAAGCGAUAAACGCAAAAGGCUUGGUGUUUGCCAUUCCGGAUGGAGUGUUAACCCUGACUCGUUUACCCAGUAACUGCCCCGAAGGACACUUUAACUUGGGCAGUCAGUGUGCACCCUGCUACUGCUCCGGCAUCACCAAGAUCUGCCACAGCACGGGGCGCUACCGCAGCCAGAUCUCACUGCGCUUCACCGAGGAGGAGAACUUUAAAGGUGUGAACGUGUCCUUCCCGUCUCGGCCAGGCACUCCUCCGCCUCUCUCCUCUACUCAGUUGAUGGUUAAUCCGGAGGAAGAGGAGCUCCAGCUGGUGGAUUUGUCUCGCCGUUUCUUGGACCUGGAAUCGUACUGGACUCUUCCACGCCAGUUUCUGGGCAGCAAGGUGGACUCUUAUGGAGGUUAUCUGAAGUAUAAGGUGAGCUACUUGCUGCAGAGGGAUGGCUCGGAGCCAGUGGACAAACCUGACGUGGUCCUGAGGGGGAACGGAAACAGACUUGUAUAUCGCCGCGGCUCUCCCACAAACCCCAACGUUAAAAACCAGAGGGAGAUCAAAUUUACAGAGGAAAACUGGCAACACAGCUCCGGGCAGCCGGUGACUCGCGCGGAUCUCCUGAUGACCCUGUCGAACCUGGAGAGCAUCAGCAUCCGCACAAUCUAUAACAACCGCAUGGCCAGCGUGGGUCUGAGCGACAUCGUCAUGGACACCACCACCGCGGUGUUCAGCCUGCAGGGUCAGCCUAAAGAUGUAGAGGAGUGCAGGUGUCCACCCGGUUACUCCGGCCUCUCCUGUGAGUCGUGCUUGUCCGGGUUCGAGCGGGUACCUGGUGGUCCUUACCUGGGCACCUGCGCCGGGUGUAAUUGCCAUGGCCAUGCCAGUGCCUGUGACCCCAUCAGCGGACACUGCCUGAGUUGUCAACACAACACAGAGGGACCUCAGUGUGAUAAAUGCCGUCCCGGGUAUUUCGGUGAUCCCACUCGGGGUCGACCGGACGACUGUAAGCCCUGUCCCUGUCCUUACACAGAGACGUCUCGCAGGUUUUCGGACACUUGCUUCCUGGAUGUGGACGGUCAGGCAACCUGCGAUGCCUGCGUACUAGGCUACACGGGACGCCGCUGUGAGAAGUGUGCGUCUGGGUAUGUGGGAAGUCCACUGCAGCCUAACGGCAAAUGCAUUGCUCACAGUGCAGAGAUUAAACAGUGUGACAACAGAGGAACGAUCAGUUCCAGCAGCAUGCCGUGUAACUGCAAGGCCAACGUAGCUGGAACUUUGUGCAACGAGUGUAAGCCAGGAUCCUUCCAUCUGAAUGCUGGAAAUCCCGAUGGGUGUUUGAAGUGUUUCUGCAUGGGAGUGACCAAGCAAUGUGCCAGCUCCACCUGGACCAGAGAUCAGGUGCGAGGUGGCGUCAACGGGCAGCUCUUUUCGCUCGCCAACGAAGGAAAUACUCGGUCUAUCACCGAAGGCAUCACUCAGAAAGGAGGCAGCGAGGUCGUCUUCCGCUGGUCGUACAACAUUCCCAAUGACAUCUUCUACUGGGUGCUGCCCGAGAACUUCCGAGGAGACAAGGUGACUGCAUAUGGAGGAGAGCUGCUCUACAGGGUGCGUUAUGAGACUCGCGGCUAUUCUGUGGUGAUCGAAAACAAGCCUGACGUGGUUCUCCAGGGCAACGGCAUCUUCCUGGAGCACUACUCGCAGACCAAUGCGCUGCCUCUAGUCCCUGGCACCAUCACCGUGCCUUUCCGAGAGUCGGCGUGGAGGAGAGCUGAUGGACAGCCGUGCACUCGAGAGCACCUGCUGAUGGUCCUGGCCGACGUGUCCGUCUUCAUGAUCAGAGCCACUUAUGCGGACAACAUGGCCGAGAGCAGCAUUUCUGACAUCCAGCUGGACAUUGCGGUGCCACAUUCCACGGGGAACGGGAGGGCUCUCGAGGUGGAGGAGUGCGCCUGUCCUCAAGGCUACAGAGGGCCGUCAUGCCAGGAUUGUGAUGUGGGAUACAUACGCACCAGCUCAGGCCUGUACCUUGGCACCUGUGAGAAGUGCGAAUGCCACGGGCACGCCACUAGAUGCGAUUCAGAGACGGGCAGAUGCUUGCAAUGCCAGCACAACACAGCUGGACCCAGAUGUGAAAUCUGUCAUGUUGGUUUCUAUGGCGAUCCUGUGACUGGCGGGGUGGACGCUUGUAGAUCAUGCCCUUGUUUUGGGCCCACCUCAGGAAGCAGUGAGACGAAAUCCUGCUACUUAGACAGAGAUGGACAGCCGACUUGCAACUGUCCUGUUGGAUACACUGGAAGACACUGUGAGAGAUGUGCCUCAGGAUACACAGGCAACCCUGCACAUGGACAAGACUGCACUCCAGGAAGCGGCCGAUGCCAAAACUGCGACCAGCGAGGAAGCGAAGGCUGCGGUUCAGACGGGAUCUGCCGCUGCAAGAUGAACGUCGAGGGUCCCUCGUGCUCCAGCUGCAAGCCUGGUGCCUUCCACCUCAGCCCUGCCAACAAAGAUGGCUGCCUAGCAUGCUUCUGCAUGGGAGUCACUCAGCAGUGCUCCAGCUCAUCCUUGUACAGAGAUGUUAUCACCACCGUGUUUGCCCCCGGGAACGUGAAUGGCUUUGCACUUGUGAACCGGCAACGCACCAACCGCAUCAGCACCGGAUUCUCUGUGGAAUUGUCCUCAGAGGGGACGCAGCUCUCCUUCACCAACUUCGACCACCACAGCCAGGAGCCCUACUUCUGGCAGCUACCCUCCAGCUACCAGGGAGAUAAGGUUCCUGCCUACGGAGGAAAGCUCAAGUACACCAUCACAUACGUGCCAGGGCCAAGGGGCGCUCCGAUUGAUGAUGUAGACGUUCAGAUCAUUGGCAAUGACAUCACGCUCGUAGCUCGCCAGGACUGGAGACGGACGCUGGGCACGAGAGAAACCCGUAACUUUGAGUUCGUCUUCCGUGAGGAGUACUGGCAGCGUCCCGACGGCAUGCCCGCAACCCGAGAGCACCUGCUGAUGGUGCUGGCUCACAUGGACGACAUCCUGAUCCGAGCUUCUUAUUACACAGGCAUGCGCUCGUCCAGCAUCUCGGGGGUGAGCAUGGAGAUCGCCGUGCCUCACUACACCAGCCUGGGCCGAGCUCUGGAGGUUGAGCAGUGCCGCUGCCCGCCCGGGUAUCAGGGCCUGUCUUGCCAGGACUGCGCUCAAGGCUACACUCGUACAGGUGGAGGACUUUAUCUCGGUCAUUGCGAGCUGUGUGAAUGUAACGGACAUUCAGACACCUGCCACCCUGAGACCGGCGUCUGCACGGGCUGCCUGCAUAACACCAUGGGUGAGAUGUGUGACCAGUGUGCUGCAGGGUUCUUUGGAGACGCCAGUGCUGGAACCCCAGAAGACUGUCAGCCCUGCGCUUGUCCUCAUACUGACCCAGAGAACCAAUUUUCGCCCACUUGUGAGAGUCUGGGGAACGGAGACUACCGGUGUACCGCCUGUCAGACAGGCUACAUGGGCCAGUAUUGUGAGCGAUGUGCACCUGGAUAUGUUGGAAAUCCACACCAGAGAGUCAAAUGCCGGCCGUAUGAUGCAGCUGCCCCUCUGGUGGUGAGGGUCUACCCUGAGAGGGUACAGGUGUCUCAGGGCAGCUCGGUCACCCUCAGGUGCCAGGGAUCCGGACCUCCACCACACUAUUUCUACUGGACACGUGAUGCUGGCCGUCCAAUCUCCAGCUCGGCCGAGAGACGCAAACAAGGAGAAGAGCUGCAUUUCUCCAGCGUGCAGACUAGCGAUGCCGGCGUGUACACGUGCACCUGCAGAAAUCAGCUCAACACCAACCGCAGCCAGGCUGAGAUCAUUAUAACAACUUCUCCCUCCAAACCCAUUGAGGUGUUUAUUGAGGAGCCUAAAUUCCAGAACGUGAUUCACGGAGCUACAGUGAACUUCAUCUGCACAGCCAAGAGCAAAUUCCCAGCCUACACGCUCGUGUGGACGCGUCAGGGCAGCGGUAAGCUCCCCGACCGCGCCAUGGACUUCAACGGCAUCCUGACCAUCCGCAACGUUCGGCCCGAAGACGCUGGCGUGUACGUGUGCACCGGCUCCAACAUGUUCGCCAUGGACGAGGGCACUGCCGUCCUAAACGUCCCAGACGGAACUAAGGCUGAGAUGUUUUUCACAGCCUAUGAAAUGUUUGAAGGACAUAGACAGCCUGGCGAACUAUCGGUCAAGAUCCAGCCACCCGUCCGCACGGUCCAACAAGGCCAAAGUGCUGAGUUCCGCUGCACCGCCACUGGCAACCCACCACCUUCAGUUGAGUGGACAGGCGGUCUGGGCAAGCAGAUCAGCAGCAGCGCCAUCAUCAGAGGUGGGGUUCUCACCUUCCCAUCUGUGCAGCGCUCUGAUGAGGGCGACUACAUCUGCAGGGCCAUUAACACACAAGGAGAACAAACAGCUCGAGCGACCCUCUACAUCUACAGUUCACCUGCUGAUAAAGCGGUGAAGCCCACAGUCACAAUUCAGCCACCUGUACUCAGAGCCCAACAAGGCACACGUGUUGAGUUUCUCUGUACUGCCACUGGCAACCCGACACCUUCCAUCGAAUGGACAGGAGGCCCAGGAAACCGUAUCAGUGCCAGCGCUGUCAUCAGAGGUGGAGUUCUCACCUUCCCAUCCGUUGAGCGCUCGGAUGAGGGCGACUACACCUGCAGAGCCUUCAACACACACGGAGAACAUGCAACCCGGGCUGUCCUAUACGUCUUCGGUUCAUCCGCUGUCGAGGAGAAAAAGCCUACAGUGACGAUCGACCAGCCAGUGCUCACCGUCAAAAAGGGCCAACGAGCUGAGUUACGCUGCACUGCAACUGGCAACCCAGCUCCUUCUAUUGAGUGGACAGGUCCAGGCAACCAAAUCAGCAGCAGCGCCAUCAUCCGAGACGGAGUUCUCAUAUUCCCCUCUGCAGAGAGCACUGAUGAGGGCGAAUACACUUGCAGAGCCUUCAACACGCACGGAGAACAUGCAGCACGACUGGUCCUCUAUGUCCAGAGUUCAUUUGUAGUGGCAUGGCCCAGAGUGACCAUCCAACCGCCUGUGAUUACUAUCCAGCAGGGCCAACGCGCUGAGUUCCGCUGCACAGCCACUGGAAACCCGGCUCCCUCGGUUGAGUGGACGGGAGGUCCAGGGAACCGAAUCAGCAGCAGCGCCAUUAUCCAAGGUGGAGUUCUCACCUUCCCUUCCGUACAGCGCUCUGACGAGGGCGACUACACCUGCAGGGCCUUCAACACACACGGAGAACAUUCAGCCCGAGCGGUCCUUUACGUCCACAGUGCCAGUUUACCUCACGUGCAGGUGAGCCCGCAACGUGUGGAGAUUCACGAAGGUGAGACUUUACGCCUCUACUGCAGAGCCGGAGGUUCUCCCAGCCCGGGUCUGACUUGGAAAAGGCGAGGUGGAACUCUCCCUCCUCAGGCCAUUCCCUCUCACGGUUUCCAUCAGUUUAAAUCCAACAGUCUCGAUGCGUUGCAGAGACGUAUUGACGAAAUGCAGGCUCGUGUGGAACGCACUGAUUACGGCACCCUGCUCAUCCCCAACAUGAAGCCUUCUGACGGCGGCACGUAUCUGUGCAUCGGUACGAACUCCAUUGGCUCCUCCGAGGCUGUGAUCGAAGUUACGGUGCUUAAAGGUGAAAUCGUUCCAUCUGAUGUGACCAUCCAAAGCACAACUAGCACUGUGUUGCAGGGAGAGACGCUGGAACUGAACUGCGUCGACCAAGGAAACUCUUCACCUUCUGUCACAUGGAGCAGAGCCAACGCUGUAGGCCUCUCCACUAAGUUUGAGGUUGUCGGAUCGAAGCUGCGCAUUCUUCAGGCGACCCCGGAAGAUUCUGGAGAGUAUAUCUGCAGGGUGGACAAUGACUCGAACCCUCGCCAAACCUCCAUCUAUGUCUCCGUUAUUUCUGAGGCCGUCCGUCACCAGAGCCCGAUCAUCUCCAUUGAGCCCCACAACAUAAUAGUGUACAAGGGCGAGGCGGCCAGCUUUAGGUGCCGGUUACACGCCGGAGCUCAGCCUGUGCGCAUGGAGUGGAAACUUUCUACCAACCAGCCUUUACAAGAUAAUGUGCAGGUCAGUCCAGACGGUUCAGUGCUCACUAUUUCGAGUGCUCAGCCAGUAAACCAGGGCGCAUACCGCUGUGUAGCCAGCAACCCAUACGGAGUCACGCACAGCAUUGCAUCUCUGAUUGUCAGAGAACUUCCCAAAACCACUGUGACACCCACAGGGCCAGUGAGGGUGAAUGUUGGGAAGCCCAUUAAACUCGAGUGCAAGGCUGCUGGAGAGCCUCAACCAUCUGUCACCUGGCACAAGCUGGAUAACAACCGCAGGAUGAUUCUCAAAACCUCUGAUCCCAAGGAGUCCAGCGCAGUCAUGGAGAUUUUGGUUGCACGGCCUGAGAACAGUGGCACAUACAUUUGUACGUCUCAGAACAGCCAGGGCAGAUCAGAGACCCGGGUCGAGGUGAUUGUAGAAGGUGGAGCUCAGGUGCCAUCGGUGCCAUCGGUGCCUCGUGCUAUUGCGCGUGAGCCUCUGCUGGUUGUAGUGGAGGGGGCUGCUGCAGUUCUACACUGUGAUGCUCACGGAUUCCCCAAACCAACAAUCACCUGGUCAAAGGGCAUUGAACCUUUGCCGUUGAGAUACCAGUUAGUUAAUAACAGUCUGGUCAUACAGAGCGUGAGACAAGAGGACUCUGGAACGUACACCUGCACAGCCACAAACCCCAUGGGCACCAGCCAAGUCACCGUCAGGGUGAAUGUAGAGAAACUUCCCAAAGCCAAUGUGACACCCACAGGUCCAGUGAGAGUAAACGUUGGUGAACCCAUUUUCCUUGAGUGCCAGGGAGCUGGAGAGCCUCAACCUUCUGUCAUCUGGCAUAGACUGGAUAACCCUAACCCUGUUCCCAAGGAGUACAACGCAGUCAUGCAGAUUUUGGUUGCACGGCCUGAGGACAGUGGCACAUACAUUUGUACAGCUCAGAACAGCCAGGGCAGAUCAGAGACCCGGGUCGAGGUGAUUGUAGAAGGUGGAGACCAGGUGCCAACGGCGCCUCGUGCCAUUGCGCGUGAUCCUCUGCUGGUUGUAGUGGAGGGGGCUGCUGCAGUUCUACACUGUGAUGCCCAUGGAUUCCCGAAACCCGUGAUCACCUGGUCAAAGCUUAGAGCACCCCUUCCGUGGAGACAUAAGAUAGUUAAUAAUGAACUGAUCCUACCCAGUGUGGGACGACAGGACUCUGGAACGUACAUCUGCAACGCCACCAAUGACAUGGGCACCAGCGAAGUCACCGUCAUGGUGGAUGUCGAGACGCCUCCGUACACCACUACUCUGCCUGACGACGUGGCCGUGCGAGUCGGCGAGGUCAUCAGGCUGCAGUGUAUUGCACAUGGAACACCACCGAUGCAAUUCGAAUGGAGCAAGGUGAACGGAAACAUGCCUGCUCGGGUUGAGGUGCAGGGAGGAGACCUACAGAUCAACCUAGCUUCCCCAAGCGAUGCUGGAAGCUACAAGUGUGUUGUUAGCAACAAAGUGGGCAGGAGCGAGGCGGUUGCAAAAGUGUCUGUACGAUCGCCACUGUCAGUGCGCGUCUCCCCCCAGGUGGAGGUAAAGGCUCUGGGCAGUGCGGUGGAGUUCACAUGCUCAGCCAGCGGAGGACCCGAGGUCACUCUGGAGUGGCUGAAGGAGGGAGAAACACUUCCACACAAUCAUCACAUCAAAGAUGGAGUUCUACGGAUCGAGAACUUGGAAAAGAGCAACGAGGGAAUGUACAUCUGCAGAGCAACCACGUUGUUUGGCCAGGCGCAGGAUACCGCUAAGCUCACUAUUCAAGCCUUGCCCAAGGUGAUGAUUAACGUGCGUACGUCGGUGCAGACGGUCACGGUGGGCACCUCGGUGGAGUUCGAGUGCUAUGCUGAGGGCGACCCGGUUCCCACGGUGCGCUGGAGUAAAGUGGGAGCUCCGCUGCCUGAUCAUGUGCAGGUGAAAGGGGCCAUGCUGAGGAUCGAGCGCGUGAUGGAGGUCGACGCCGGGCAGUACCGCUGCACCGCAACCAACAACGUCGGCUCGGUUCAAACCCAAGUGGUCCUUAACAUCCAGUCUUUGCCGCAAAUUGCCGCUCAGCCUGAUACGAAAGAAGUGACCGUGGGCUCGACUGCCAUUUUCCCCUGCAUUGCCACCGGGUAUCCCGUUCCAAACAUCACAUGGUCAAAGCGGGAGAACGAACUCCCACCCAAGUGUUUCCAGGACGCCCAUGUGCUCACCGUCCCUAACGUCAGCCACGAAGAUUCUGGCACGUAUGUGUGUACGGCAUCAAACAAGCAGGGCAAAGUGGAGGCUUUUACCAAACUCAAUGUGCACGAGCGAGUGAUGCCGUAUUUUAGUCAGGAGCCUCUGUCCUACCUCAGGCUUCCCACCAUUAAAAGUUCCUACAAAGCGUUCAAGAUUAACAUCACCUUUAGGCCAGACAACGUGGACGGUCUCGUUUUGUAUUCCGGAAUGAUCCUGUAUAACGGCCAGAAGAAGGCUAUGGGGGCCGAUUUCAUUUCUCUCGGCCUUGUAGGUGGUCGCCCUGAAUUCAGGUUCGAUGUGGGCUCUGGCAUGGCCAGCAUCCGCUACCCAACUGCAAUCAAGCUAGGUGAGUUCCACACAGUGCAGCUGUACCGUAACGGCACGCAUGGGUCUAUCACAGUGGACAAAGAAGCUCCGGUCAGUGGCACCUCCCAGGGCAAAUUCCAAGGGCUGGAUCUGAACGAGGAGCUGUAUGUGGGCGGAUAUCCAAACUACAGCAUGAUCGCCAAAACAUCAGAGCUCAAGAGCGGCUUUGUUGGCUGCAUUAAACAGCUGAUUAUCCAGGGUGAGGAAGUGAUUUUCAAGGAUCUGGAGAAGAGUUCAACCGGUGUGACUGACUGCCCCACCUGCAAGGAUCACCCCUGUCAGAACGGUGGAGUGUGUAGAGACGCUCGGGAAAGUCUGUACAAGUGCACAUGUCCGAGAGGAUUCACAGGAAGCAAUUGCCAGCACCUUUCAUCCGAACACUGCCAUCCCGAGGCUUGUGGCCCGGACGCGACCUGCAUUAACCGUCCCGGCGGCGUGGGCUAUGACUGCCGCUGCCACCUUGGCAAAUACGGACACAAAUGCAUGGGCGGUCUGCUGGUGACGAUGCCGCUGUUUGACGGCGACGAGUCGUAUAUCGUGUAUCCUCCUCUUACUAACAUCCACAACGACCUGCGCAUCGACAUGGAGUUCAAGCCGAUGGACAAAGACGGCCUGAUGUUCUUCCUCGGCGGGAAGAAGGUGAAGGUGGAGGACUUUGUCGCUCUGUCGCUCGUGGAGGGACACGUGGAGUUUCGUUAUGAGCUCGGCACAGGCCAGGCAGUGCUGCGUAGUCCUCAGCAGGUGUCUCUAGGCGAAUGGCACUACGUGACAGCGGAGCGCUUCAACCAGGAUGGCGUGCUGAAGCUGGACGAUGGACCCGAAGUCAGGAAGUCAUCUCCUGGGAAGUCUCAGGGCCUCAACGUGCACACCGCAAUGUUCCUGGGCGGCGUGCCGAAAAAGGACAUCCUGCCCAAACCUGCCAACGUCAGCAUGUUCUUUGAGGGCUGCAUCGGAGAGGUGUCUAUCAAUGGGAAGAAGAUCGACCUCUCCUACACGUUUAUAGAGAGCAGGGCCAUCAGUCAGUGCAUUGAUAAUAGCCCAUGUGACCGCAAGCCGUGUCAGCACGGUGGCACCUGCAUGCAAACCGCCGAGUACGAGUUCCAAUGCCUCUGCAUGGACGGCUACGAGGGAGAUCGCUGUGAGGUGGUGAAGGACACCUGCGUGGACUCGUCUCAGUGUCAUAACGGCGGCAGCUGUGUGAACAGUCACUGUGUGUGUGCCGCAGGUUACACGGGCGUCUUCUGCAGAAAAGGGCAGAAGGCCGUCGUCCUCGAGGCGCCGUGGAAUUUGGAGGCAAGCGGGGUGAACGAUUCUCCAAUACAAUACGCUGCAUUUUUCCAUGAUGACGGCUACCUCAGCCUCCCCAAAGCCAUGUUCCCACGCAGUUCUCCAGUGUCACCUGAGACCAUCGAGCUAGAGAUAAACACUAUUUCUGAGGACGGCCUCAUUCUGUGGCAGGGGGUGGAGCCCGCAGCCUCCCUGAGCCUGCACAAGUCACACACUCACAACAAGGUUCUGCAUAAGCAGACACUGAAACAAGAAUCAGGAGACCAGGGAAGGGGGAAAGAUUUCAUAAGCCUUGGCUUACACAAUGGACACCUGGUGUUCAGUUACCAGCUGGGCAGUGGAGAGGCAGAAAUCCUUUCAAAGGAGCGCAUUAAUGAUGGACACUGGCACAAAAUCACUGCAGUCAGGACAGGAAAGCAGGGCUACGUACAGGUUGAUGACAGGGCAGCUCAGCAUGGAGAGUCCCCUGGCAGGAGUGUCAUGGUAAACACCAAGGGCAGCAUCUACCUGGGUGGAGCUCCAGACAUGGCCACUCUGACUGGCUCGAAGUUCUAUUCAGGCAUCACGGGCUGCGUGAAGAACCUGUCUCUGCUAAACGUCAGGCCGGGAGAACAGCCGUCGCGGCCCAUUGACCUGCAGCUGCACGCCGAAGGCGGCAAAAACGUGCAACGCUGCACAUCGUAGGCAAAGUCGCUCCAGCGCCACCUAGAGACUGAGAAAAUACUCACACAUACCGCAAAAGGAGACAAGGAUCUAAAUACACCUACAGGACUGCAGAUGCAUUUCACUUGCAUUUUCACCCACACACACACACACACACACACACACACACACACACACACACACACACACACACAUAUACAAAAAAAAAAAAAAAACAGGCUGUUCUGAUACACUUACAGGAUCACCAAUGCAUUUUAACCUCCGUACACACAAACAGGGUUUCUCUGAGAUAGCCAAAGAGUGUUUUUUGCUUUAUGUUUAACACACACACACACACACACACACACACACACACACACACACAUACACAUACACACUGAUAUAAUCCCUUGGUGCCUUACUGCUGCCAAAAGUACAUUUUUUUUACUCUGUGCUGCAUAAACCAAAAGAGAUCGAGAGAAAAACACACAUCUUUCACUAAGUGUUAUAUAAAAAAAAUGAUGAUUAACAUGGGAUAUCUGUUUACCUAGUCCUUCAGUAGCUUUUCUUAGCCAUAAUUGAAAAAAGAGUGAGGGAUUACAUUAUAAAAAAAUAAAAAACUUACAUGACAUGCCUUCACUUAGUUCAGUUCCUAUGUGGUCAGAAAAUGUUUUUACAGCACUGAAUUUUUAUUUAUAUGCAUAUGAAUAUAUGGAUCUAUAUGAAACAUUUGUGUCGGGAAGGACGCUCAUUAACCCUAGCCUGUAUUCUUUUUUUUUCUUCUUUAUUUGUUUCUUGAGUUAAUUCUAGGUCCUAAUAACGUGUGUCCGAAGCUUGUGCGCUAAGCUGUGUUUAAUACUUGAAGAUUCUGCUGCCUUUCUUUUUCUUUCUUUUUUUUUCUGCUCUGUUCCCUCUCUGAGACCGCUUAAACAUUUCUAAAACACGGGGACGGGGGUUUCUGUACACUGGGAAGGUCACUCCAAACACACUCCACAUCUCAGGUGACGAAGCAAAAGACGAGAGAAAGCGUUGGACGCUGAAAAAAGAAAAAAAAAACGAGCGAGAUUGUUUGUUGGGAGACUUUUUUGUAUGCAGUUUCUAUUUAAGAGAAAUGUCAUCAUACAUCCUAAUGUACGUUAAACCUCUUAAUUACUGGUGUAUAUGGAAAAAAAAAAACAAUGGUGCUAAACACAAUAUAAGCACAUGCUUUUCUGUCUUCUGCCAGUGACUUGCCUUUGUGUUUCUAAUGUAACAUGUAUUGUAAGUAGCAAAGACCACAAGUUUGCAAUAAAAGUAUUUUUUUGCUUAAUGCCAACCUGGAA